GUGGGGGCGGAAUGGGCAAGCAGGGGAAACCAAAGGCUUAGUGCACUAGCGUACAGAUGCUCUGUGUGGGUUCAACUAGUUUCUAUUAUUACACUAUGUGCAAGUUGCUUUGCUAAAAAUGAGGUCCCUGUCCCAAAGAUCUCACAGUAAAGGGGAGACAACGGAGGAAGGGGCAGAUGUCCUGGUGAGCUGUUGACUGAGAACUGUUGAGCCCUGCUGUAUAGAAAUAUGAGCAAUAAGAUAGGAAGAGGAUGGAAUCAUGGAGACCUAAGGCACAGUUUAUAGUUGCAAAGAACCCUGGGCUACCAUGUUUGAACUGUCUGGGAGGUGACUUCCUGGGAUUUAUUUGAUGAAGGAAUACAGCAUCAGGACACUUGUGAUGUUUGAAAAAGCUGCCAUCUAAUGAAGGAAAACUAUAAAGUGGUUUUCAAAACGAUCCCUUAAAGAGGAAUGGUUUGGUGAUGGAUCAUUCUUACUGACUGAUGGACUCGAAAGAGAAAAGCUCAUCUGAGCAAGAAGGAGCAAGAGAGAGAGGCCUGGUCUAUAUGUGGCAGGCUGGUUGCUGUUGUCCAGCUCCAGAAAGACUUCCAGGUUGGAGUGGAAAGACCGUAGUACAGGCAGCGCUUGGAGUGAACCAUGGUGUGCUUCUGUCAGAUGGUGGUAUGGUUUACAGCUUUGGAAAACUUCCCUGGAGGGUUGAGCUUGAAGACACUUAUAUCAAUUGUCCCAUCUUGGAAACGGCUUUGAGUGGACAGCAUGUUGUUACUGUGGCAGCUGGCAGCUUCCAUAGUGGAGCCGUGACUGAAAGUGGUGUGGUGUACAUGUGGGGGGAAAAUUCUGCUGGCCAGUGUGCCGUAGCUAACCAGGCCACCGUGCCAGAACCAAACCUCAUCAGUAUUUCUGAUUCUGAAACCAGCCAUGUCUUGCCAAUAAGAAUUUUGCAGCUGGCAUGUGGAGAAGAGCACACCCUGGCACUCUCACUCAGCAGGGAAAUAUGGGCAUGGGGAAGUGGCUGUCAGCUGGGUCUCAUAACCACUACUUUUCCAGUGACCAAACCACAAAAGGUCGAGCACCUGGCAGGGCGCGUUGUGCUGCAGGUUGCUUGUGGAGCCUAUCAUAGCUUGGCUCUUGUACAAUGCCUCUCCAGUCAAGACAAAAAGCCUAUCCCGGAGAGAUGCAAUCACUGCAGCCAGCUGCUGAUUACCAUGACUGACAAAGAGGACCAUGUCAUAAUCUCCGAUAGUCACUGCUGCCCAUUGGGCGUGGUUCUGGCUGACUCCCAAUCGGAAAGCCGCAUUUCUUGUUCCUCGCUAGAAACUCUUGAGGGGAAGAGUGUAACGAGCAGCCAAGGUGAGGACUGUCAGAAAACCCUUACUGAAGACCAAACGCUGCUUGUUGCGGAGUCUGAUGUGGCAAGUGUGUUUUCAAACAGUGAUGGACAUGAAGACAGUGGCAUUUCCAGUCCAGGAAAUCCCUUGAUAACUGACAAAAUGGCAGUGAAGCAACAUUUGAUGAGUCUUCCAGAUCAGUCAUUAAAUGAGAGGGCAACGAAGCAAAUCAGUCUAGAACCUGAACAGGAAUCUCAAGAGGAUGAUCUCAUUGCUUGCCUGCCCAGCCCCCCUGGUCCAGGUACAUCAGCUCUGAACAGCCUGGUAGUCUCCUGUGCAUCAGCAGUUGGUGUGAGAGUGGCUGCUACAUAUGAAGCUGGGGCCUUAUCUCUGAAGAAGGUAAUUAACUUCUAUGGCACCGCUCCAGGUGAGGCAGCAUCCCCAUCUGGUGGUGGUUCUUCAGGCAUGGAUGGACUGAAGGACAGCAGAGAAGAGCAGGUCAAGCUGGAGUCGAUGCAAGGCAAGAAGAGUUCCAGCUUAGUAGAUAUUCGAGAAGAGGAAUCUGAAGGAGUCUGUCGAAGACUUUCCCUUCCUGGUUUGUUGUCCCAAGUUUCUCCAAGGCUCUUGAGGAAAGUAGGACGAGCCAAAAUGAGGACAGUGGCACUCACGCCAACCUACAGUGGUGAAGCUGAUGCACUUCUUCCAUCUUUACGAACAGAGGUGUGGAGUUGGGGGAAGGGAAAAGGAGGACAACUAGGACAUGGUGAUAUCUUACCAAGGCUUCAACCAUUAUGUAUAAAAAGUCUUGAUGGCAAAGAAGUAAUUCAUUUGUCUGCUGGUGGCCAUCAUUCCUUGGCACUCACUGCCAAAUCGCAGGUAUAUUCAUGGGGCAGUAAUACCUUUGGACAACUUUGUCACUUGAAUUCUCCUACCACAGUCCCUCGCCUUGCAAAGGUAUGCAAUGUCAGCAGCAUCUGGAACACAGCAGCGGGUCCAGAUUAUUCACUAUUCUUAGUAGAUGGAGAAGAUUUUCAGCCUGCACUAUAUUACAGUGGUCGAAAAGAAAGGGGAGACAAUGAUGUUUCAUCUGAAAAUAAUUGCUUAGAGAGUCCAACACUGUUACUGAGCUGUAGUAAGCUAGGGUAUAUUAGCAGCAUGUCAGCAGGUGGGAGUAACUGUUUGGCUUUAGUGGACAGAAACAUUAUGGGAUACAUCGCUAGUCUGCAUGAGCUGGCUUCAACAGAGAGACAAUUCUACACCAAAUUGAGUGCUAUAAAAUCUCAAGUUCUUAGACCCCUCUUAGGAUUAGAUAAUCUAGGUGCUGCAUCAACUGUCCAGCUGUUGCAAGAAAUGGCAAGUAUGUUCAGCAAACUCUGUUACCUGAUUGGUCAGCAUGGAGCCUCUUUGACUAGCUUUCUUCAGGGAUUAAAAGAGGCAAAAAACUUGGCUACCCUGAAGCAUUCAAGCCUCUUUUUGGAAAGUUACACUGAGUAUUGUACUUCCUUGACAAAUUUCCUGGUGAUGGGAGGAUUUGCUCUUCUUGCCAAGCCAGCAGUGGAUUUCUUAAGUAAAAACCAGGCAUUGCUUCAGGAUCUGUCAGAGACAGAUGAGGAGACCUGCCCAUUAGUGGAAGUGCUAAAUACUCUGUUUUUCUUGCCAAUUAGACGACUUCAUAAUUAUGCUAGAGUUUUGCUAAAGCUUGCUACGUGUUUUGAAGUGACAUCUCCAGAAUAUCAGCGCCUUCAGGAUUCCAUUUCUUCUUAUGAAACCCUUGCUGUCCAUCUCAGCAGGAAAAGGAAAGAGGCUGAAUACACGCUGAGCUUCUGGAAGACCUUUCCUGGGAAAAUGACAGAUUCCUUGAGAAAACCAGAGCGACGUUUAAUCUGUGAAAGCAGCAAUCGGGGACUGUCACUUCAGCAUGCAGGGAGAUUCUCAGUAAACUGGUUCAUCCUCUUUAAUGAUGCUUUGGUCCAUGCUCAGUUCUCAACUCAUCAUAUUUUUUCCUUGUCCACACUGUGGGUAGAGCCUGUUUCAGAAGAGUCUGGUAAUACAAAUGGUUUGAGAAUCACUACGCCUGAGGAACAGUUCAUUCUUAUUUCAUCAACACCACAGGAAAAGACUAAGUGGCUGAGAUCUAUAAGUCAAGCUGUGGACCAGGCCUUAAAAGGGACAUCUGACUUGCCUCCAUAUGGGAGUGGUGGAAAUAUUCAGAGGCAAGAGCCUCCCAUCUCCCGAAGUGCCAGAUACACUUUUUACAAGGAUCCACGGCUUAAGGAUGCAACUUAUGAUGGGCGAUGGCUUUCUGGGAAACCACAUGGCAGAGGAGUCUUGAAAUGGGCUGAUGGAAGGAUGUAUUCUGGCAUGUUCCGAAAUGGCUUGGAAGAUGGGCAUGGUGAAUACAAGAUGCCAAACAAAAUACUGAACAAGAAUGAUCGCUAUGUUGGAUAUUGGAAAGAGGGCAAAAUGUGUGGACAAGGAAUCUACAGCUACACCACUGGAGAAGUAUAUGAAGGGAGCUUUCAGGAUAACAUGCGUCAUGGCCAUGGCCUCCUGCGCAGUGGCAAACUGACUUCUUCCUCUCCCAGUAUGUUCAUUGGCCAGUGGGUGAUGGAUAAGAAGACUGGAUAUGGGGUAUUCGAUGAUAUCACAAGGUUGCUUUGGUGGAUAAUAGUGCUCUCCUGUCCCUCCAGGGGAGAAAAAUAUAUGGGAAUGUGGCAAGAUGACCUUUGCCAAGGCAAUGGUGUUGUGGUAACACAGUUUGGAUUGUAUUACGAAGGAGCCUUUAACAACAAUAAAAUGAUGGGAACUGGAGUCCUGCUUUCUGAAGAUGACACAGUGUAUGAAGGAGAGUUUUCCGAUAAUUGGACCCUUAAUGGAAAGGGAACAUUGACUAUGCCAAACGGAGACAUGAUUGAAGGUACCUUCAGUGGAGAGUGGGGAUCUGGGAUAAAAAUUACUGGAACCUAUUUCAAACCCAGUUUAUAUGAGCAUGAGAAGGACCGACCCAAAACACUGCGGAAGCUUGGAAUCCUUGCUGUUCCUGCUGAUGAAAAGUGGAAGGCAGUGUUUGAGGAAUGCUGGCACCAGCUAGGCAGUGAGCAACCGGGCCAUGGAGACAGGUGGAAGGCUUGGGAUAACAUUGCUGUUGCCCUGACAACCAAUCGGCGUCAACACAAGGACAGUCUGGAACUUUUGAGUAGGUCACAUACGCAAACGCUAGAAAGUUUGGAGUUCAUUCCACAACAUAUUGGUGCCUUCACACUGGAAAAAUAUGACAACAUCAAGAAAUAUCUAAUAAAGGCAUGUGAUACUCCUCUGCAUCCUUUGGGAAAACUUGUUGAGACUCUUGUAGCUGUAUACCGAAUGACUUAUAUAGGAGUGGGAGCCAAUCGGCGACUGCUGCAGGAAGCGGUCAGGGAAAUUAAAUCCUACCUCAAACGCAUCUUCCAAUUGAUCAGAUUCCUCUUUCCUGAUCUUCCUGAAGAGGGCAGCACAAUUCCACUUGUAGUAACUGAGAACAAGGGAAGGCGGUCCUUCUGCAGUGGAAAAAGUAACUCCAGACCAGAGUCUCCAGAACCGGGCUAUGUGGUCACCAGCUCUGGGUUGCUACUUCCUGUGUUGUUACCACGACUCUACCCGCCUUUGUUUAUGCUGUAUGCUUUAGACAAUGAACGAGAAGAAGAUGUUUACUGGGAGUGCGUUCUCCGUCUGAACAAACAACCAGAUAUAGCUCUGUUAAGCUUUCUGGGAGUACAAAUGAAAUUUUGGCCAACCACUGCAUCUAUUCUUGGUGAAAAUAAAAAGGUAUUGCCAAAUACAAAAGAUGCCUGUUUUGCCUCCGCGGUGGAGUGUUUACAACAGAUCAGUACAACUUUUACACCUGCUGACAAACUUAAAGUGAUCCAGCAGACCUUUGAGGAGAUAUCCCAGAAUGUUCUUGAAUCUCUCCAUGAAGAUUUUCUUUGGUCCAUGGAUGAUUUAUUUCCUGUUUUUCUGUAUGUGGUCCUACGUGCUAGGAUAAGGAAUUUGGGGUCUGAAGUGCACUUGAUCGAGGACCUCAUGGAUCCCUAUCUCCAGCAUGGGGAACAAGGAAUUAUGUUCACUACUCUAAAGGCGUGUUAUUACCAGAUUCAACAUGAAAAGCUCACCUAAGCCAAUAGCUUGAAUAUGGAAGACUUCUGAAGAGAGCUUUAUCCUUCAUUUCUAAAGUGAUAUUUAAGAAGAAGAGUAGAUCAUCAUGCUGUGGGUGUCAUACCUGGACCUCCUUUUAAGGACAGAAAAACCAAAGCCCUAAAACCAACUGAAAAGAGAGAGGAUGGAAGAAACAAAAGAUUUGCAGGAUAGCUGCAAUUUGAAAAGAAAAAAAACUUUUCAAAAUGGCAAGGUUGAUUUGCGUAGCAUGGCAUCUGUUUGGAAAUUGUAUAAAAGCAGUAGGAUGUACUGCUUCUUAAAUGGAAGAGGGUGCCAACUUUAUGCUUUUUGAAGGACUGAAAUGCACUAUAGAACCACUCAGUGUCUUUCUCAAUUAAACUGCCUAGGUUUGUGUCUUACUAAGAAAAAGUUUGCCAUAAAUAGCCUGCUGCACGUUCUGACUCAAAACGGUCUCUGGAAUCAAUUUUGAAAGUAGGGUUACAGAGAGCAACCACAAGAGUUGCUGUGGUAACGAUCAAAAUUUGAUGAACUUGCUACUUCCAUAGUGGUAAGAAUAUAGAAACUGACACUUUGUUUGCUAACUGUUUAACUUAAAGGCAAUGGUCAAUGUGAAUUUCAGCACUGAAUUUGUAUUUAAUAUGUUUACAGAACUCAUGGUUCUCAUGCUUCUGAGUCUUGGAAACUCAAGACUCGAGAUGAACAAAAAAUACAAGUUGUUGAUAGAACAGUUUUCCUUGUGUGAAGUCUAGGUCUCACAAAGGUGAGAAGGUCUGAAUUAAAGAGUAUGCGAAGUCAAAAUUCAGAUAUUGGCUUUCUACACUGAGACCCCAUCAUAAGCUAUGCCUAGCUGUCAAGAAGAAAACCUUUUAAUGCUAUUUUUGUCAAAGUAUUGUAAACAAACAAAGCUUUCUUAUUGUUCUUGUGUAUCCUCUUGUGACCUUUUCCUUGGUUUAUAUGGAUAAUGUUAGUUGAUGUCUUGGAUAAAACAGGUGCUGUUGUUCUUUACUAUGUCUUCACAAAUGAGUGGAAAAUAUAGAAAAAAAUUAUUAUUUUUUGGCUAAAGUUAACUUGAGUUAGUCAGUGCAAAUCACUUCUGGAUAUCUGAAUCAUGGCUUGUGUGUAGCUCCUUUAUUUAAAAGAAAUUAUUGCUGGGAGCUGUGACUAUAAAUGGAACUGUUUUUAUAAUAAAUAAUAUUGCUAACACUGUGA